GAGAGAGUAGACCAAGCAUUAUGUUGGGUUCAACCUACCAAGGCCCUCUCUUGAAUGUAUGAUAUGAUAUACUCAUAUAGAUAAAUAAAACUCCACAAUAUAAUAGUGGGGUAGUGAGAGUCAAUGUUAAGUAAGAAGAAGAGGGCAUGGCAAAGAAGAAGAGGAGCUGGUGCAAUGUACUGAAAAGGCUUAUUCUUCUGAGGAGGGAAGCCACAUUAGAAAAGGGCAAGAGAAAGAGGCCAUUUGGAAGGCUGAAGAUCAAAUGGUCAUCCCUGUUCUCUACGCCGCCGCAACCCCAGCCACAGACUGGUCAUGAAGAAGGAGAAGAAGACCAGCAGCAGAAGAAUUGCGUGGCGGUGACUGCAGAACCUGCAGAAACUCCACAACAGUACAGCUAUAGUUAUGAUAGGCAGAUUCUGAAUCUUGCUUCCAUCAAAAUCCAAACAGCUUUUCGUGGUUUUCUUGCAAGAAAAGCCUUGAGAGCGUUGAAAGGGCUAGUGAGGCUCCAAGCAAUCAUUCGGGGACGAGCUGUUCGGCGCCAAACUAUUGACACCCUCAAGCGCUUGCAGUCAAUAGUUAGCAUUCAAUCAGAACUCCAUGCGCAAAGCUGCAACUUAGUGAAGAACACAGCAGACUUACAAGAAAAGCAAUACCAGGAUAUAAAGAUAGAUAUGAACAGCCACAGAGGCUGGGACAAUAGAAUUCUCUCAAAGGAAGAAGCAAAUGCUAUGUUCUUAAGCAAGAUGGAUGCUGCCAUUAAGAGAGAACGCAUAAGAGAAUACUGGUUGACUCAUAGAAGAUCAUCAGAGGGAGAAUGGAGACCACAGAUAAAGCAGAGAUAUUGGUUAGAGCAAUGGGUAGAUGCUCAGCUAGCGAAAAGAGAAGAUCUUGUGAACCUAGAUACAGAUAUAUGUGCAGGUGCAAGAAUGAGAAACGAGUUUGAGCAAAGGGAAUCAAAGACGAUUUCUCUGAAACAAUACAGGUGCGAAGGAACUCCAAGAAGAUCAUUUCAGCAUAAGAGGCAACAUUCUAUAGGGGAUGACAGUCCGAGGGUGUCUCGGUCUGUGCCAACUUACAUGGCUGCCACAGAAUCAGCAAAAGCAAAAGCAAGAUCUUUGAGCUCACCAAGGAUGAGGCCGAUGAAGUUUGAUGCCUAUUCUGACAUUAAUUCCCCAUACAAGUACAAGCUCUCUCCUAUAUCAUCUAUUAACAGCGAGAUGACCGUAAAGAGCAAGGUUCUGAAUCCUUCAAGUUUGUCACAAAGAUCGCCAUGCUUGAAGAGCAUAGCUGCUCCUGUAAGAUCAAGCAGAAGUCUAAAGAAUGUUAGGCUGGAGUCAGAUUUCUGACUUUAGACAGCAACAUUUGUAACAUUUGGGUGCUUUCUUACAUGCAUAUUUCAGUUCAUAAUAAAAUCAGUGCUGAAAUUUUUCUUCUGAUAACAUGAAAGAAUACUUGAGUGCCAAACAGGGGACUGGAAAAACAUACAAAACAUUGUAAUUGGUAAAUUACAUAACCAGGACUCAGAUCCCAAAUUGGGAACCCCCAUUAGUAAUUUUUAUUUUAUUUUUGGAUACAAAAAUUAUCAUUUGAACUUUAUAAUAAUUCUAUGGGUAUUGA